CAAGACGGGCCAGAGCCGCAGCCUCGCCAAGGACGUGCCCUGCAUCCCCCCAGCUACGACAGACUGCCCGAAUGUGCCGCUGCCCAGCUUCUUGGUCGAACUCGCAGAAGCCUCGCAACAUUGCCGUGCAUGCCACGAAGGCGAGGCGUCUGCUCUUCUCGACAGAUGUCGGCAGCCAUCAGGCCAUCAUUCGGGCCCGAGUCGAUGGCAAUGAGCGUGUGGAGCUGGAAGGAGGUGUCACUGUGCUGGCCCUGGACCAACAGUUAUACCAUGCGUAUCGAAGUUAUAAACAUCAAUGGGAAGAACAAAAAAACCUUUGCUUCCAUGCAUAUCCUGCAUGUGAACAACAUUACCGCCUAGGGGGGAUUUGUGUACUACUGCUGGACGACAAGACCGGACUGGAGAGGAUCACUGGUAACGGAGAGCGUCGUUCCGUAGAGCUGCAGCGUCUGUCGCAGUUCACCGACAUCUGGGUCGUGUGGACACCGGAUGCAGUCACGCAGUACUCACGACGACUGCUCGUGCCCCAAGCAUCUGAUGCUACUGGAGGACAAGGAGAACUACGGCGUCUAUCCGGCCAGAUAAUUUUAAGUGGCGGGAGUAGUGACAUGAACAACGACUGUAUAUCCGCCUCCUGGCGCUGUGACGAAAGGACUGCCCGGCGGAUCAGUUCAGCUGACAGUCAGCCGAGGGCAGCGACAAUGCUCUGAUCUGCGAUGGUACCACCUGUGACAACUGUGACAAUGUCCAUGAGGCCGACUGCUGCAAGCAGCCAGGAGAGUUUCAGUGUCCCAUCAACCAGAAUCCCUAGAAUAGGAAAGUAUAUUAAAACCGUGGAAUGGGCAAGUGACGCCAAGAGAAGCAAGUGUCUCAACAACUAAGCCGAUACUAAUCAUUAAUAUAUAUGGAAUAAUUCUUGAAGCCGGCAACAGGACUUUGCUCAAUAAAAUUAAGAGCAAAGCGCCAUUGAUAAACAGCGAGAGAAAUACUCUAAGAAAAUUAAUUACGAAUUUUUUCGUUAAUCGAAAUUUAAAAUUAUGUUUGAAAAAGUCACGAGCCCUUCUUGACGAAAUAAUAACUUUAUUCCCAGAUUAACAAAAAUCAGAUUGGUGUUCUGGUAAAGCACAAAAUCCAAAAUUUUAUAAGAACAUUUUAUUACAACAAAUACGAAAAAAUAAAAAAACAUUAUAAAUAA